UGGAAGGGGAGGAGCCAGCACUGUUUAAAGAGGUCUGAGCCCUGGGAACUGCACACUGUAUUGCUGAGGAGUGAGUCAGAGUGAAUACCCAACAGGAAGCAGAAAUCAAAGAUGGUUCUCAGUACAGAAGAAAUCGGAAGCUCUACUUCCUUAGCCUCACCCAGUGACCCAUUGCCCAGUGGAGAGACUGACCUAGGAGAGAAAAACCAGGAGUCCCUGAACAACCUCUGCAGGCAGUAUGAGGAGAAGGUGCGGCCCUGCAUUGACCUCAUCGACUCCCUGCGGGCCCUGGGUGUGGAGCAGGACCUGGCCCUGCCUGCCAUUGCAGUCAUUGGGGACCAGAGCUCAGGGAAGAGCUCUGUGCUGGAAGCACUGUCAGGAGUGGCCCUCCCCAGAGGCAGUGGUAUUGUUACCAGAUGCCCUCUGGUGCUGAAAUUGAAGAAGCUGGAGCAGGGAGAGGAGUGGAGAGGCAAGGUCACCUAUAAUGACAUUGAAUUGGAGCUCUCUGAUCCCUCAGAGGUGGAAGAUGCCAUCAACAAAGGUCAGAACUUUAUUGCUGGGGAAGGACUGGGAAUCAGUGAUAAGCUCAUUAGCCUGGAUGUUAGCUCCCCAAAUGUCCCUGACCUGACCUUGAUUGAUCUGCCUGGCAUCACCAGGGUGGCUGUAGGCAAUCAGCCCGCAGACAUCGGACGCCAGAUCAAGAGACUCAUCAAGACAUACAUCCAAAAACAGGAGACCAUCAACCUGGUGGUGGUCCCCAGUAAUGUGGACAUCGCCACCACGGAGGCACUGAGCAUGGCUCAGGAGGUGGACCCUGAAGGGGACAGGACCAUAGGGAUCAUGACCAAGCCUGAUCUUGUGGACAGAGGAACUGAAGACAAGGUCAUUGAUGUGGUGCGGAACCUGGUGUACCACCUGAAGAAGGGCUACAUGAUAGUCAAGUGCAGGGGUCAGCAGGACAUCCAGGAAAAGCUGAGCCUGACUGAGGCCCUUGAGAAGGAGCAAGCCUUCUUCAAGGAGCACCCUCACUUCAGCGUUCUUCUGGAGGAUGGGAAAGCCACAGUGCCCCUUCUGGCAGAGAGACUGACCACAGAGCUCAUCUCACACAUCUGUAAAUCCCUGCCUUUGUUAGAAAAUCAAAUAAAGAAGUGUCACCAGACUGCAAGUGAGGAGCUGCAGAAGUAUGGUGCAGACAUACCAGAGGAUGACAAUGAGAAAACUUUCUUCCUGAUUGAAAAAAUCAACACUUUUAACCAGGACAUCACUGCCAUAGUACAAGGGGAGGAAAAUGUGGAGGAGGGAGAAUGUCGCCUGUUCAACAGGAUCCGAAACGAGUUCUUAUUGUGGAGUAAGGAGAUUGAAAAAAAUUUCCAAAAUGGUUAUGAUUCAUUAUAUAAUGAAGUCUGGAAAUUUGAAAAGCAAUAUCGAGGCCGAGAGCUGCCAGGGUUUGUGAACUACAAAACCUUUGAGACCAUCAUAAGAAACCAAAUCAAAGUCCUGGAAGAGCCAGCUGUAGACAUGCUGCACAGGGUCACAGAAAUAGUACGAGUCGCCUUUUCCAGUGUUUCUGAAAAAAAUUUUGCUGAGUUUUUUAACCUCCACAGAACUACCAAGUCCAAACUUGAAGACAUCAGAUUAGAACAAGAAAAGGAAGCAGAGAAGAUGAUCCGACUUCACUUUCAGAUGGAGCAGAUCAUCUACUGCCAAGACCAACUUUACAGAGGAGCCUUGCAGAAGGUCAGAGAGAAGGAAGCUGAGGAGGAGAAGAAUAAGACAAAGUUGAGUGCCUUUACUUCCUCUCAGUCUCAAGCUUCACAGAACUCAUCCAUGGCUGAGAUCUUUCAGCAUCUGGACGCCUACCGCCAGGAAGCUCACAAUCGCAUCUCCAGCCACAUUCCUUUGAUCAUCCAGUAUUUCAUCCUGAAAAUGUUUGCUGAGCAGCUGCAGAAGGGCAUGCUCCAGCUCCUGCAGGACAAGGACUCCUGCAGCUGGCUCCUGAAGGAACGCAAUGACACCAGCGAGAAGAGGAAGUUCCUGAAGGAGAGGCUGUCAAGGCUGGCCCAGGCUCGCCGGCAGCUAGCGAAAUUCCCUGGUUAAGCUGGCCCUGCCUUCUCUGUAUCUCCUGGACAGUGUGUCAGGGACAGAAGGGCUCCUGCCUUUCCUGGUAGCUAUUCCACCACCCUUUAGCCUCUGACCUGGUAUUGUUGUUAGCAAUCAGAAGCAAAGGGAAACUCUCUGCUCACUCUAAGAUCAGGAAGGAGAAGAGGCUCUAAAACACAGGAUGCAGAUGGGUAGAUGAUGCUUCUAUUCUGAUAUGACAAUAGCUUCACCCUAAGAAUGUUUCCCACCUUGGCCUCUACCUUCUCAGCACCCUGUUUUAGUGCAUCAUUCCAGGAGGGAGCUACCUAUUGCAUUCAUUCCUAAUAAACCACUUUUGACACUU